GAACGCGACCCGGCUGCGCGCUCCCUCGCCAAGGCGACGACUGCGGUAGAGCGAGAGAGAGAAGAAAAAAAACCAACAAGCGAGUCGAAGCUGAGGAGACGAGACGGACCACAGUUUACCUCCACAUCACAAGAUCACGUUUUUGGAGCAGGAAAUCUCACGCCCUGCCGGGUCGUGUUAACGUCGGAGACGGCUGACGAGAUCCACUGAGGAGAAUAAAAGGAUGCGGUGUAGACUUGACUGUUGACUGGUCUGCACACUCGCCGCUUCUCUCAUUCCUGGAGAUAGUCAAUUUGGAGGGGGGGCAGAUUCCUGCGUUCCCCUCCUCUUAGUCUGUGUCUUUGUUUGGGACAAAAACCAACCACUUGCGCCUGGAGUACACGACCCACCCUGUCUCGUCGUUCCUGGCUCAGCACAGCUCAUCCUUUGACUGAGGAGAUCGCACGAUCUGCAGGAGAUUCACUUUUAACCUGCUGAUCCCUCCUGGCCCCGCCCAUAAUCCCCCGUCGCCAUGGUGCUGUCACAACGGCAACGAGACGAACUAAAUCGAGCAAUAGCCGAUUAUCUACGUUCCAAUGGAUACGAAGAGGCUUACUCCACUUUCAAGAAGGAAGCGGAAUUAGAUAAUAAUGAAGAACUGGAUAAGAAGUAUGCUGGCCUUUUGGAAAAAAAAUGGACCUCAGUCAUCAGAUUACAAAAGAAGGUGAUGGAGCUUGAAUCGAAGCUGAACGAAGCAAAAGAGGAAAUCACCCUGGGUGGACCAGUCAGUCAGAAGCGUGACCCCAAAGAGUGGAUCCCGCGUCCGCCUGAAAGAUACGCGCUGAGCGGCCACCGCAACCCCGUCACCCGCGUCAUCUUCCACCCAGUCUUCAGUGUCAUGGUGUCGGCCUCUGAGGACGCAACAAUAAAGGUGUGGGACUACGAGACAGGAGACUUUGAACGCACACUGAAAGGCCACACAGAUUCUGUUCAGGACAUCUCAUUCGACCAGACUGGCAAGCUGCUGGCAUCCUGCUCUGCAGACAUGACUAUCAAACUGUGGGACUUCCAAGGCUUCGAGUGCAUCAGGACCAUGCACGGACAUGACCACAAUGUUUCAUCUGUAGCCAUCAUGCCCAAUGGAGAUCACAUUGUUUCUGCCUCCAGGGACAAAACCAUUAAAAUGUGGGAAGUGGCAACUGGAUACUGUGUGAAGACCUUUACGGGCCACAGGGAGUGGGUUCGUAUGGUGCGGCCCAACCAGGACGGCACGCUGAUCGCCAGCUGCUCCAACGAUCAGACGGUCCGUGUUUGGGUCGUGGCCACCAAAGAAUGCAAGGCGGAGCUGCGGGAGCACGAACACGUGGUGGAGUGCAUCUCCUGGGCUCCAGAGAGCGCACACCCCACCAUCCUAGACGCCACAGGCUCUGAGACCAAGAAGAGUGGAAAGCCUGGGCCUUUUCUGCUGUCUGGUUCCAGAGACAAAACUAUAAAGAUGUGGGACGUAAGCACUGGGAUGUGCCUGAUGACACUGGUUGGACAUGAUAACUGGGUGCGUGGCAUCCUCUUCCACCCUGGAGGAAAGUUUAUAGUGAGCUGUGCGGAUGACAAGACCUUAAGGAUCUGGGACUACAAGAACAAGCGCUGCAUGAAAACCCUGAGUGCCCAUGAACACUUUGUUACCUCUCUGGAUUUCCACAAGGCUGCGCCCUUCGUGGUCACUGGCAGCGUAGAUCAAACAGUAAAAGUUUGGGAGUGUCGCUGAUUUGGACCUGGGAGGACUGGACCGCCAACCUCAUUACCCUUGAUGCUCCUCUGAAUCCCCUCCCCCUCUGUCCCCCUCGAUUCCCUGCCUUUUACUCCCCUCGACCCCCUCCACCACACUUCGUCCCCCCCGCACAUCUUCGCCUUUUCCCGGCUGCACUCACCACCGCGGUUAUCCACCCUUAGCGCUCUCUGGUCCGAUAACUUCUUGUCCUGUCUAAAUUAUUCCUGGAUGUAGAUCGAGCUAUUAAAUGUUACACAAAAAAAAGUAUUCUUGCAUGGUAAUCCAAAAUUGUAUACUGUAAAUUUGCAUACAUAACGUUGUCUAGAAGUACCAUAGGUUUAACACGACGGGGCUGAGCGUCUGUUCCUGCAGCCUUACCGACCAACCGAAGGCAGAUGGUGUAAAAACAAAAAAGAAGAAAAAAAAACUAAACAAAAAUAAAAAAACGUAGGGCACUAAAAACCGAUAAUUUAAGAAAUAACAGUGUCUUUAUGUGUAAGAUUUGUUUUGUCUAUUUUUUUAUUUUGUUUUUUUUCUGUUGUUUCCUCUCCUUCACUGUUGUAGUCUGUUGGUGCCUAGUUUGGUUUGAGAAAUGAGGCAGGAGGAGCAAAUUAUGAUGCAAAGAGAUGUCCGGUGGGGCGUUGUUAUUGACCUAAUCUGUAGCUUUAUAACAUCACUUCUCGAGUGUGCGUACCAUUUCUCUACAUGUGGAGCUAGGUAAUGUUUUAACAGCUGUGUAUAUGUCUAUAUACACAUAUAAAUGUAUACGAAUGUUUCAUACUGUCGUCCUUGGACCUGGGGGGCUUGAACAGCUUUGUACUCUUCUCUUAGGGGGACCACAUAAACCGCUGCUGGGCUUUAGAUAAAUUACCUCUUUUCAAUAUAAAUGGCUUUUUAAGUCGCAGUGCAAAGUUUUGUGCAGCGCCUGAGCAGAGUCCAAGAAUCACACCUUGAAGAUCUGGGUGGGCUCGCUUUUUGUAGCUUGUUUUGAGCUGAGUUUUAUUAUCUCUCUCUCUUUUUUUUUUUUUUAUCACUCAGCUAAAGCAGAGUUGAAAAGCUUGCAAAGGUGCUGUCCUAUGGUGCCACUAGAGGAAGUAAAACCCAAAACGUUUAAAUAUUCAGGAAGAGAAACGAAGGCAUGAUAAUUAAAGCGAAGCCCAGCUCCCCGGUUGGAUGAAAUGUGCAAAGAUCUUUAAUUUUUGAAUAAAUUCUUAAGUUUAAGAAUGAUUUUGGGGAAAAAAAGGAAUACGAAAUAUAAAUUUGUACAUAUAAGAUUGGCUCGCGAUGUGAAAGCCCCUUAGACCACAGCUCAUUCACACAAAUGAGCUGAGUGGCUUUCCUUAAACAUUCAGACUGAAAAGGAAGCCAUUCCACUCUUUCAAACCUUUUCUCGCUCCAACUUUGUCCUUCAAGGUGUUCAUUAAUUCUGCUCAUUCUCCCCCCCCCGUUUCUCACUGAAGAUGCUGUUAAAAGUUUAAUGAUGUUGAGACGAGUAUAAGCCUCUAGUUUCUGACGAGCCUCUCCAUUCCAGCGCCGUUCCUAAUUGCUAAUUAAGGAGCUGCACCGCUUGACUUGUUGCUACUUUUUUGGCGAGUUUCCCUCCUCGUCUGUGUGCUGGACGUGGUAAUCCGCUGCUUUCGCUGAAGUGGCCGCCGUGAGCCUUUUGUGACCGGUCGAUGUAGCGCAGCUGCAUGCGAGACCUGCAUCCGGACGCAGAGCUGUCGGAAAACCCAAAUACCCUUCGUAUUGAACCGAUUUGAUCGAUUGAAUUAACUGUAGUUUGGGAGCUUGAUGAAUUGUGCUGAUUUGCCUCUUUAUUUAUUUAUUUUUGACCCGGAAACUAAAAAAGAAGUAGGCACAGAUCCUUUUUGCUCCUUCCUAAAAUGAUUGGUCUCUGACUGGCGUGUUGCGUUCAGACAGGUUUGGUUGUAGAAAGGUUGAGAUGUCGUGUGUGAUUCUGGGGUUUUUUGUUGAUUUUUUCUGUAUAUGCAGCCGGAUUGUGGCAGACUAAGUAUGCCCCCAAAGGAGAAAUGAUCUCUUUCAGGGAAUUUUACUCUCGAUACUCCCUUUGAUUUGCUUUUUUUUCUCUCCUCUAAGCUGUUUUCUCUGUCCAAAAUGUGGUAAAGAGGGAAGCAGUUGGGUUUUGUAGUUCAAUUCGGCACGAUGUGUUAAAUGUGCAAGCUGAAGCCAAAAAUUAAGACGUUUGUCCGUACAAUCUGGUUCAUCUCUGGGGAAAAAAUAUAAAUAAAUAAAAAGAACCUCGUUUUUGUUCCGGCCUUUUGGAUAUGGGAGUUCUCCUCCAGAUCACGCUAUGACAUGCCAGACCUUCACAUAAAAGCUGAAAAAUGCUUUUCUCUUCCUUGGUUUUAUUCAAGGAAGUUGGUUAUCCAGAGGUCGGGCUGAUGUGUGCUCUCUUUUAUUUUCUAAUAAGAAGUCAGUAAGAAAACAAUCCCCUCUAAAACAGCUGCUGCUGCUGAUGUUUUAUGCAAGUGUUUGAGGAAAAUCCAGUUUUGCCAUUCGCAGGUCCUAAGCAAUCUCUGUGCUGCCGUGGCUCUGUGCGAAGCGACCGACAGGCGACCUUUCGAAAGCCUGCAGGUCGUCCGCCAGCCACAGGUCUCUGUGUCCUCUGAGCUGCCUGUCGAACCACAUCGGAGGGCUUCAGACUGCACAAUAAGCUCCUUACAGGAGAGCUCAUGAUGUUUUUGCCACUAUGGUCUCACUCUUCACACAGCAAACUGUUAACAAUACCUGGAUGUCAUUAUUGUUUGCGAUAUAAUAAAAGGAAAAAAAAAAAAUCUG